UUGCACUUUUUACAACAUACCGUCCUCUCUGACUCGGAAAGCUGAACGAUUAUUUCUUUUUUCUUUGUCGGCGUACUUUAGAGAGUAGUAGAGGAGCUAGCGAGUUUAUUAGCUUAUCAAGGCAGUAGUCUACGCGCUAACCCGUCUUUACUACCCGCCUCGGCAUCUAUUCCUACUCCAAGUGGGUCACGGGCUGAGUAGCAACUUCGGAAUAAGCAUUGCGAGUCGCGACUACCCAGACAGCCAGAUCAGAAUUUCCCCUUAAGUCCCUUCACAUCUCUUCCUCCGUCAUUAGGAGCUUAUCUUCAACUUUGCGACCUCUUCUGUUCUGAUUCAUACCUAUUACUUCUACCGUCAAUUCGUCGUGUUACGCAACAAAGAUGGCUGGAAUAGGACCCGAUCCGAAGGUCGAAGCUUAUAUUAAGCAAUUGUCGACGCCUCCUCCGCCCGGUUCACCUUAUUCUCUACCUGUUCCUGGCACCGAGCGAGAGGAUCGAUCUCCCAUCUACAGGCACUGGCGAUUUCAAGACAAACCCUUACUUGACACCUUCACACCGGAAAUACGUACAUUUUACGAAUUGUUUCAGGACGCCGUCAAGCGAUUUCCCAAUAACAAAUGUCUCGGUACACGACCCUGGAUCCCGGAAACUCAGUCGUGGGAGAACGGCUAUGUUUGGCAGACCUAUGGCGAGGUCGCGGCGCGAAGCAAGAAUUUUGGUUCCGGUAUAUAUGAGCUUCAUCGCCGAAUCGGAAUUCCGCCUGGCAACCAUGGCGUUGGUAUCUGGAGCCAGAACAGAGCCGAAUGGCAAAUAGCAGAUCUCGGAUUGAGUUCCCAGACGCUCUUCUCCGUCUCGCUAUACGAAACUCUCGGUCCCGAUGCGUCUGAGUACAUUAUCAAGCAUUCCGAACUUGCCUGUGUGGUUUCCUCGCUACCUCAUAUAGCAACCCUCCUCGCCCUUGCGCCCCGAAUACCUUCCCUUAAGUUGAUCAUCUCUAUGGAUCCCCUGGACGCCGGAGAGCAGAACGGUUACUCUAAAAAGGCGCUAUUAAACGAUAUCGCUGCCCAGCACGGAGUCCAAAUAUGGUCGUUCGAGGAGGUCGAGGAGCUUGGGGCAAAGGUAGCUCACCCUCCUCGUCCCCCUCGCCCAGAAGAUAUCCUCACCAUCAACUAUACGUCCGGUACUACUGGUGAUCCCAAGGGUGUGAUGCUUACUCAUGCCAACUGCGUUGCAGCGUGCGCGAGUGCUCGUUCCAGCGGAUCCUACACUCACAAAGAUAUAAGCAUUUCAUAUCUGCCUCUAGCUCAUAUUUAUGGGCGUAUGAUAGAUCAGUGCUCUUUAGCUUCCGGUUCCGCCGUCGGAUAUUUCCAUGGAAAUAUGCUAGAGCUGGUUGACGACUUGAAGAUCCUAAAACCUACCGGCUUCAUAUCGGUACCUCGGUUGUUCAAUCGAUUUAGCCUAGGAAUCAAGGCGCAGACCGUGGAUGCUGAUGGUGUGAAGGGUGCUCUUUCACGGAGAGUCAUAGAGACAAAGAAGGCCAGUAUGAAACUUCCGCCUGGCAAGGCAUCCAACAAACACCUCCUUUAUGACCGGAUAUGGACCCCUAAAGUACGAGCCGCAAUUGGCUUGGACCGAUGCCGCUCCAUGGUGAGUGGAAGCGCGCAACUCGACCCUGAUGUUCAUGAGUUCCUCCGAGCGGCCAUAGGAAACUUUUUCUGCCAGGGCUAUGGUCUUACCGAAUCGUAUGCCGCGGGAUCGUUCCAGCUUGAAGGCGAUUAUUCCCUGGGUAACGUAGGUGGCCCGAUGCCUGGCAUAGAAAUAUGCUUAGAGUCGCAACCCGAACUCGAAUACCUCGUGACGGACAAGCCUAGGCCACGAGGAGAAUUGCUGUUACGGGGUCCCUUUAUUUUCCAAGGCUACUUAAAGAAUGAAGAGGAGACUAAGAAGGCCUUAGAGCCUGAUGGAUGGUUCCACACGGGUGAUAUCGUCGAGAUCGACGAACUCGGCCGGAUCAAGAUUAUUGAUCGCAAGAAGAACGUUCUUAAGCUAUCUCAGGGAGAAUAUAUCUCGCCCGAACGUAUCGAGAACGUGUUUAUGGGCAGCUCGAACCUGAUCGCUACCGCCUUCGUUCACGGCGAACCCAGCCAAUCGACCCUGGUUGGAAUCUUUGGUGUGGAUCCGGUUACAUUCGGUCCGUUCGCCAGCAAGAUCUUGAAGAAAACGAUAGCUUCCGAUGAUAUCGAAGCUAUUAAGGUUGCAGGCCGGGAUCCUCGUGUGGUGAAGGCCUUUAUCAAGCAUCUCGACGGCAUUGCCAAGAGCCACAAGUUCAACGGGUACGAGCGCGUGCGAAACUGUCUCCUCGAUGUUGAACCGUUUACGGUUGAUAACCAGCUCUUAACACCAACUCUGAAACUCAAGAGACCCCAAACGGUGAAGAAGUUUAAGGACGAGAUUGUCCGUAUGUACGAGGAAAUCAAUGCGGAAACAGCUUCCGUUAAACCAAAGCUGUAAUUCACGACGCGAACUUGUUUAAAAGAUAUCUUUCGCAGCCGGUGUAUUUAAUUUGUAUAUAUAAAUAAAAUUCUGUAAAAUUAUAUUAAAUUUAAUAAAUUACCGUACGUUA